GUCUCAGCAGUGCCCCCUUUGGAGGUUGUUCCACAUGGGUUUCUCUUGUUCCUGGUCGAUUCUUCUUGUCUGCAAGCCCCCCCCAGUCGCCCCCACAGACUCAUCCCUUCGACAGACGACGACGGCGAUAACGACGACGACCUCGUGGCUAUCUCGAGCCGGGGACCUCAUGCACAGGUGGUUUUAGCCAAUCGGUUGUUACGAACAUCCCUUCAUUGGGACUCGUAUACCCUCCAUCAUGACGUCUUUUAUGGAAUUGGUCGGCAAGGUGAAUAACCUGAACGACCCGAGACCUGCCUUGAAUCAAAAGCCGGUUAUGCUUGGCAUCGUGAUAUCGUUCCUAAUUCUAGCACUGCUAUGCGCUGGCAUGCGAUUAUGGACCCGCAUCUUUAUUGUUCGAGCCGUAGGAUGGGAUGACUUCUUUCUGGUGCUCGUUAUGAUCUCAAUCUCAGUUGGAAGUAUUGGCACUUGCAUUUGCAUGGACUAUGGGCUCGGAGAUCAUAUAUUAUACAUACAGUAUGAUAGGUUCAUCAAGUUCAUGAAGAUCUUCUACGUCUGCAACGGCACAUUACCGAUAUCAACGUCUUUAAUCAAGGUUGCAAUCCUGCUCCAGUACCUAAGAAUAUUUGAGCGCGGUUCAAAAUCACGACUCCUCACCUACAUCAUGAUCUACCUCGUCGCAAUGUGGGGAGCCGCCUUCAUGUUUCUUGCCUGGGUACCAUGCAUUCCCGUCGCAGCUUACUGGGACUGGUCAAUACCCACCACCAGACGCUGGGGGUUCGGAACGCAGGUUGCGGAGGAAUUGAUACGGACAUAUGAGGCACACGCCACGAGCAACAUGAUUCUUGACUUUAUCAUUUUUGCUAUCCCUUUACCGCUAUACUUCAAUACCGAGGCCAACAAGAGGUCCCGUAAGACCGUUCUCGGUCUCUUUUUGCUGGGCAGUCUAGUCCUGAUGCUCUCUGCCUGGCGGCUUGUUUCCCUAGUCCGCUCCCGCGCCGGAACCUACCCAACCUUCGAUCCAACUUGGGCCGCCCCAGGUCCCAUGGCCCUGUCCAUUCUCGAGAUCGACAUGGCCGCCAUCUGCGCCUCCCUCCCCGUCUUCUGGCCCGUCCUGCAAAAUAGCAUGGGCAUGAUCUUUGUCACACACGAGGUCAAAGUCACCACGGAAACAGUCGAGACGACACGCAGCCGCGAUGACGACGAGUGCCUCGAGCUAUCGAACGGCGGCGCGGGAAGCAACGGUUCCUUCUCAUACUCGCAGCAAAGCCCCGCGCUGGAUACGGAGGGACUGAUUGAGCAGUACAAGCAGCAGACGGACAUUUUCGGGAGCUAUCUCAAGGGAAAGACGACGACGGACGUGGAGACUGUGCCGACGCCGCUCCGUGAUAUGCCGCCGGCCAAGGAGCCUGAGCUCUUUGGGAGUUAUUUGAAGGGCAAGACUACGACGGAUGUGAAUGCGGAUCCGACGACGAAAAUGGUGUGAUGCACAAAGCCUGAGUUGCCGCUGACGGCCUGGUCGGUUUAGGUGCUUGUUUUAACGACGUGACGACGAUAUCCGGGAGUGUUGAUGCAGGAAAUGAG